AUGUCGUCUCGAGUUCAGAACCUCUCCUCGGUCGAGGUUCUCCACCGCAAGGCCAACUCUUCCCGCCACUUUGUCCUCAACCGUCCGACCAAGCUCAAUGCCCUCAAUCUGGACAUGGUCCGAAACAUCACUCCACAGCUGCUCGUCUGGGACGACUCGGAGCUCGUCAAGAACAUUGUCAUGCUUCCCGCCGAGGGCUCCCGCGCCUUCUGCGCUGGCGGCGACGUCACCGGCAUCGUCUCCAUGGUCAAGUCGUCCAACCCAGAGGUCGUCAAGGAAGGCUUCAACUUUUUCAAGGAAGAGUACGAGCUCAACCACCUCAUCGGCACCCUCAAGACCCCUUUCGUGGCAGUUCUGGAUGGCAUCACAAUGGGCGGCGGCGUCGGUCUCUCUGUCCACGCCCCUUUCCGGAUCGCUACCGAGAAGACUCUCUUCGCCAUGCCCGAAACCAGCAUCGGCCUCAUCCCCGAUGUCGGCGGCUCAUUCUUCCUGCCCAGGCUCGAUGGCCAGAUCGGCACCUACCUCGGUCUCACUGGCCACCGUCUGAAGGGAGAAGAGACUGUCCUCGCUGGCAUUGCCACACACUUUGUCCCGUCCGAGCGCAUCCCAGCCCUGCUGGCACGUCUGUCCGAGCUCAGCACCGAUGAGAUCGAUGUGAUCAACUAUGCCAUCGAAGAUUUUGUGGGCGACAUCAACCCCGAGCUCUACAAGACUUGGAGCUUGUCUGGCGAGGUUCGGCGCGCAAUCGAUCGAUGCUUCAAGUACGAUACUAUCGAAGAGAUCGUCGCGGCCCUGGAGGCGGAGGCAAGUCUGGCUAACACUCCGUGGGCCCAAAGCACCAUCGAUACACUCAAGGGAGCCUCGCCGCUCAGUCUCGGGUUGACCCUGAUGCAGCUCCGCGAAGGAAAGAACCUGGAUUUCAUGUCGUGCUUUGCCAUGGAGCGCCGACUCGGCGAGCACUGCAUCAAAGAGGGCGAUUUCGUCGUUGGCGUCGAAUCCAAGCUCGUCAAGAAGCAGAAGGAAGCCGAGUGGUCGGUUCGCUUCUCCGAGCUGACCCCUGAGCGUACAAUCAAGUCCAUCGCCGAACCGCUGUUCAAAAAACCCUCGAGCUUCAUCAGCCGCCAUGAACAUUUCAAGUUCCACAACUCGCUGACUUUCCUGGAAUACCCCCACCGCACUCUGACUGGUCUGCCCUUCGAACGCGACGUCAAGCGCGUUGUCGAAGGCCGCGGCCGUCGCUCUCGUAAGGAGGAGCCUCCCAAGACCAAGAAGGACGUUAUCAACUGGUUCCUGACAAACUGGGGCGCCUACGACGCCCGUUUGAAGGGCGUCUCCUCCACCAACCUCCCCAACGAGGUCAACAUCGAAGGUGGGCUCGGCCGUGGCAAGAUCGGACUCUUCGACAAGGUCCACGACUGCCUCGAGCGAUACGUCAACGAAGUCGAGAGUCCCAAUGGCGGCAAGAUCUUGGUGUGGGUGGACUGA